GAGAGAGAGCAUUUCGAUGGAUCAAAGCACUGGUUUUCAUCUCUCUCUGUCUCUGCAUUCGCUUUUACUUCUUUGAAAAUUUCGAGUGUAAGAAGGAGAGAAACUCGAGAUUGAAACGUCGAUUUUCUCUGUUCUUGAAAAUCUGAGCCUUGCAUUUGGACCAAAACUCACCGAUCUUAGAGCUUUUCUGAAAGAAUUCACUGGAAGAGAAGAUACUGCUCUUGAUUUCUGAGAUUUUCUCCGUUUCUUGUAACUUUCGUGAUUAUUUCAGGGAUUGCUGGAAGGAGAGAGAUUCGCUCUUGAUUUUUGACGAUUGUCAAAGAAUUUCUGUCUUUUGCGAGAAAGAGGAUUGGAUUUGUGAUUUUGAGAGAUCAAGGUCUUUUUAUUUUCUUCUUCUGGAAAUGAUCAUUGAUACUUCAAAUGCCGCGUCAGAUGGGAUAUCUGUUCUUGUUUCCGGUAUCACAGAGUCGUCGGACUGAAAAGAGGGGUAUUUUUCAUCAAAUUACGGGUUUUUAAGAGAAUUUCCGAGUUUAGUUUUUUUCCUGGGGAAAAUGGCGAAUCUGAGUGUUCAAGGUUUGAAAUCCUAAUCUAAAUGAUUGGGAAAGGAAUUACAUUUUAGAUCGAGCACUGAUUUUUAUCUUUCUUUCUUGCAUUUCUUAAAGAUCGGUGAAGCUUUUAUGCAUGGAGUCUAAGACAAAAUUUGAAAAAUCUCCGAAGAAUUUCCCCGAUUUUCGUCCCAAAUCGAAGCUCUUCUGAUCUUUCCUUGUUGCUGGAGAUAGAAAAUUCAUCUUUUUGGGAAUUCCAGGUAAUCAGAAUUUCAGAGACACAUUCAAUCCAGAUCGCAAUCUCUCUCCGUCUCUUACCUUUUUCGUGUUUUGCAGAGCCAAAAGAAAACGCAUUCUUGCCGGAGACAUCAAUUUCUGGUUGAAAUAGUCAGAUACUGGCAAGUUUUAAUGCCGGCAGAGCCGCUGGAGAGCGAAUCCGGCCGUUUGUGACCUCAGAUUCCCAUCCUGCUGAACGGAUUAUCCUUUCCAGGGGUUAGAUUUUUCUGAUAUAUUUUUAAGAAGAAAGAGAGAAGAAGGAUGGAAAGGGGAGAUGUGAGGAAUCAUCUGCAGCAGCAGCAAGGAGGAGUUGGGGGUUGUAGAGCGCACCCGGAGCAGGAUUUCCUGUUGCAGUGGGGGAAUCGGAAGCGAUUGCGCUGUGUCAAAAUCCAGGUGAAAGACGACGCCACCGAGAAGACUACGGUUCGAGUCGACCGACGCGUCGUCAGACCCGACAAGGAACCCAACCUCCUGCCCCGUCGACCUUCGCAUCAUCGCAUACUCAGGAGUUCGGAAGCUAUGAAAGGGCAAAAUAAUGGAGUCCGUACGUCUUAUUCCCCAGAGAGACGAGGGGGGUGCGAGGGGGAGGUGAAGGGGAAUGGGGCGCACGAUACGGCGCAGGAUAAGAAGGGGGGUUGUGGGGGAGGUUCAUCUUCGUCGUCAGGGGGAGACGCGACGGUGUGGCCCAAGUUCACGAUCGGGCUAACGAACAAGGAAAAGGAGGAAGAUUUCAUGGCCAUAAAGGGCUCCAAGCUCCCUCAAAGGCCCAAGAAAAGAGCCAAAUUCAUUCAAAGGACCCUCAACCUGGUCAGCCCUGGGUUGUGGCUAUGCGAUCUGAGCCUAGAACGCUACGAGGUCCGGGAGAAGAAGAUCUGCAAGAAGAGACCAAGGGGAUUGAAGGCAAUGGGUAGUAUGGAAAGUGACUCGGAAGAAUAGAGAUGAAACAAGCUGGGAGAGGCCUUUCAGUGAGAAAUGAAAGGAGGGGGUUUCCCUUUCUUGUUCUAGAGUCUUUGAAGUUUUAUUUAAACAGAGGGCGCAUGUCUUCCCUAUCGAAGAGAUGGAGAGGGAGACUGGAUGGCUGCCUGUGCGGAUGUAAGCUCGUGAUAAAAGAAAAUUAGGGAGGAGAUGAAUGAGAAAUGAAGCUGUUUGCUUCCAUGGUCUCGGCAUGAUAACAGGCCUCGUUGUACAUGUGCUGACACGACACAUUAGCAAGAUCUAGGCCAUUUAUCAGCUGUGGAUGGCCCUGAACUUAGUCUGAUCUAAAAAGAGAGUGGUCUGUUCUAAAUUUCUAAUCAUUAGUUGGGUGAUGCUUGUGCAAGAA